UCUACGAUGCGUCUCUUGGAGAUUCAGAGUGAUGGUAGUUUCAGCCUUGUCGGACCUCAACGUAGCGAUAUUUCGCCCUACGCCAUUCUUUCACACACUUGGGGUGCAGACCAUGAGGAAGUCACAUAUCAGGACCUGUACAAUGGCACCGGGAAAGAGAAACAUGGAUAUAAAAAAAUCACUCUUUGCAAGGAACAGGCUACAAAAGACGGUCUUUGCCAUUUCUGGAUCGAUACCUGCUGCAUCAACAAGUCCAGCGAACCAGAGCUUUCGGAAGCAAUCAGAUCCAUGUUCAAGUGGUACCGUAACGCAUCGAAAUGCUACGUUUACCUCUCCGAUGUGUCCAGUACAGACUGUGACCCAGACGGGGUGGUGUUCUCAGAAAGCAGAUGGUUUACACGUGGCUGGACGCUUCAAGAGCUUCUUGCUCCAUCAUGCGUCCAGUUCUUCUCCAAGGAGGGAGUCUUGUUGGGCGACAAACAUUCACUCGCAAAGGAAAUAUCCGAGAUAACACGAAUACCAGUCGAAGCUCUUCAAGGGCAUGAUCUCUCCAUAUUCAGCGUAGGGGAACGUAUGCGAUGGGCUGAAGAAAGAAAGACAACACGCGAGGAAGAUCAAGUUUACUCGCUGUUGGGCAUUUUCAAUAUCCACAUUCCGAUCAUGUACGGCGAAGGCGAAGGUCAUGCAAGGAAGCGAAUGAGGGAAUUAAUAGAAACCAGUACCAGGGAUAGAGAUGCGAAAGUGAGUAAGAUGAAAGACUGGUUGUCGGCACCAGAUCCUUCAGUAAAUUACCAAAAAGCGCUCAAGCAGCGGCAGCAUGACACUGGUCGAUGGCUGCUUCAUGAAAAGCGUUAUGAGAAUUGGAAAAUGGAGAAUUCGUCAUGCAUAUGGCUUUACGGUAUUCCAGGUUGUGGUAAAACUAUCCUGAGUUCCACCAUCCUGGAAGAUAUUUUUAUGUGUUGCGACAACCAUUCCGGAUAUGCUGUUGCCUACUUUUACUUCGAUUUCAACGACGUACAAAAACAAAAUGCCGAACGGAUGCUGCGAUCGUUGGUCGUCCAACUCUUACAAAAGUCUGUUGACAUACCUUUGGGUCUCGAUGCUCUUUUUUCCUCGCACGACAAUGGGAAACGACCUCCAGCUCUCAACAGCCUGUUGGAGGUAGCACACGAUUUGAUAGUGCAGUUUCCACAAGUAUACAUUGUUCUGGAUGCAUUGGAUGAGUGUAGCCAGUGGUCCGAGUUGAUGGAAAUGCUUGAAACUAUAGCUAGCUGGAAGAUUCCAAAUCUGCAUCUCAUCAUGACAAGUCGGGAGGAGCCAGAUAUCAAGAGCACUUUAACUAGUUUUGUAGAUCCACAGAACAGUAUCUGCCUUCAAAGCAACGUAGUCGACAGAGAUAUACAGCUGUAUAUCCGCCAACGGGUUUCUGACGACAAGGACUUGGUCAAGUGGAAAAAAGAUUCUGCUUUACAGCAGGAGAUUGAGGUUGCCCUUAUGGAGGGCUCCAGGGGAAUGUUUCGGUGGGCUGCAUGCCAGUUGGACACGCUCCGAAAGUGUCUCAAUCGAUCACAUUUGCGGAAAGCACUC